GAGCCGCUGCCUGAGCGCAAAUGUGCUCUCUCCUGAAACCUGCACUGACAUCUGACUGUAGCCUGUAGCUCUAGUGAUCUAGUCACCGCUGGAUUGUAUUUUAUUUUUUUCCUAAAAAGCAGCUAGAGUGAUUUUCCAGCUUUUUAAUUAGCCCGCACUGUGUAGCCCGCAAUCAGAGAGAGAGACAGAGAGACAGAGAGACAGAGAGACAGAAGACAACUUUUGUCACAGAGAGAGUUGAGAGGCGCAUCUUAAGUUUGGAGCGCGCAGAUGGCAGCCCUCAUCAGCAAGUUCUCGUCGUGGCCAGAGUCCUUCGAGUGUCCUCUAGGAGACGGGGACGUUGCCGACGGACAUGGCCCGCACAGGACCCCAGUGGACAAGGCUCCGGAGCCGCGGAUCAGACGGCCCAUGAACGCGUUCAUGGUCUGGGCCAAAGAUGAGCGCAAACGGCUGGCGGUUCAAAAUCCGGACCUGCACAACGCCGAGCUCAGCAAAAUGUUGGGCAAGUCAUGGAAGGCCCUGACUCCCCCGCAGAAGAGGCCCUACGUGGAGGAAGCAGAGAGGCUUCGGGUGCAGCACAUGCAGGACUAUCCUAACUACAAGUAUCGGCCUCGCCGGAAGAAACAGCUGAAACGCAUCUGCAAGCGAGUGGACCCUGGCUUCCUCCUGAGUGGGCUGGCUCCUGAUCAGAACGCCCUGCCCGACCAGCGAGCCCUCUGUCACCCCCUCGACAAAGAUGAGGGCAGCCCUAAUGGUCUCGGCAGUGGGUUUUCCAGCCCCAGCCCCGCUCUGCCCAGUGUCAGAAGCUUCAGAGACCCUGCCGGUUCCAACAGCAGCUUCGACACCUACCCCUACGGCCUGCCCACCCCUCCUGAGAUGUCCCCCUUGGAUGCCAUGGACCACGAGCAUGUACCCCCCUCUUAUUACUCAACGUCUGGUAGCUCCUCCGUCUCCUGCUCUUCCUCAGCCUCCUGUCAAGAUGAGCACCAUCAGAAUCAGACACACAUGGGCAGCCCACCCCCUUAUCACACUGACUACACUCAGACCCCAAUCCACUGUGGGGGAACACACAUAGGUCACAUCUCUCACAUGUCCCAAACUGGAGGAGGCAGUGGACUGAUCCCUGGCCCUCCACUGUCUUACUACAGUACCUCAUCUUUCCCCCAGCUUCACCACGGGCUCCACCAGGGCCACCUGGGUCAGCUGUCCCCCCCACCAGAGACACAAGGCCACCUGGAGACUCUAGACCAGCUGAGCCAGGCUGAGCUUCUGGGAGAGGUGGACCGCAAUGAGUUUGACCAGUACCUGAACUCCACUGGGCCCGGGUACCACCCUGAGCAGGGCAGCAGCAUGACUGUUACAGGACACAUCCAGGUGGCGUCAGCCGCCACUACUUCUGCCACCGCGUGUCCCAGUAGCACCACCGAAACCAGCCUCAUUUCUGUGCUGGCAGACGCAACAGCGGCCUACUACAACAAUUAUGGCAUCUCGUAAGCUUAGUCACAGCACCCAUUAAACUUGUGACUGAUAAGAGACUACAUGGUUUAAAAUGGGUGAAGAAAUUUGGGAUGAUGUUGCACACGGGUGCUGAUGAGGGACAGAUUUCUGUGCUCCUGUGUGUAAUUUCAAAACCUAUUAGCACCUAUUGGCAACGUCAUCCCGCCAUGAUUAAAACCUGGACUGAACUGAUUACUGAGCAAUAUGAUUGUCUGGAGCCGAGGAAAGAACAAAGAGCAAUUGGAGGAAUAUGAAGAAAGGGAGAUGGACACCUCAGGGAUGCAGACACAAAAUACUAUAGUAUGCCACCUCCAGUUGUCAUGAAAUUUCUAAACCAGAAGAACAAUCGUAAAAGACUUGUUGUCCACUUGUAAAUGUCUCCAGUUACUGUUGCCACCUAGGUGUGUACAGAUGCUCUUUAGAAGCUAAUUUAAGUCCUUUGAUGUUUCGCAUAAAUGCUAACUGUAAUGCUAUUAUCAACGCUUUCCAUUCGAAUGUUUGUAUUAUAUGUUCUUGCUCUCAUUAGUUUGGGAGUCUUACCUCAGUAGUUGUAAUUGAAUGAGGUUUUAGUUGGACAUUUCUUAUGCAAUUUAACAAAAACAGUGUAUAAUGAAGAAAAAUAGGCGUUUAUACCUUCUCUCAAGUACUUAAUAAUAUAUAAUCAUACCCUCUACGAUGAAAAAUAAUAAUGGUAACUAUAACUGUAUGCUGAUUUAGGUUUGUGAAAGACAAUAAUUUAAAAUAAAGGUCAAUUUUUAUAUUAA